CAUUAGGUUAUUCGCCUCUCUAGACGCAUCUGCCGUUUGCUUGUUGUUUAUUUCCUAUAUUCUUGAAAAAUAUGACUUUAACUGUGAUAUCGAAACUUUAGUCUAUAAUAAAAUAGUAAGACAUACUCAAAAUACAAUAAUCAAACACUUGAAUAGUUAAAUCAAUUAGCUACAAUGAAAAUCGCUGUGGAAGGUUGUGCUCAUGGAGAGCUAGAUAAAAUAUACGAAUGUAUUGAAACUUUACAAGAAAGGGAAGGUAUUAAAAUUGAUUUAUUGAUCUGUUGUGGGGAUUUUCAAGCCGUCCGUAAUAAUGGAGAUUUACGGGCCAUGGCUGUGCCUGAGAAGUACCAAAACAUUUGCACUUUUCAUAAAUAUUAUAGUGGAGAAAAAGUUGCACCUAUACUUACAAUUUUUAUUGGAGGUAAUCAUGAAGCAUCAAAUUAUUUACAAGAGUUGCCAUUUGGAGGUUGGGUCGCACCGAACAUUUACUAUUUAGGAAGAGCUGGUGUUAUUCAAUUUGGAAAUUUAAGGCUUGGUGGUAUAUCAGGAAUUUUUAAAGGACAUGAUUAUUUACAAGGCCUUUGGGAAAGUCCACCGUACACAGCAGGAUCAUUGCGUUCGGUCUACCAUAUCAGAGCAUUAGAUGUGUUCAGACUAAGUCAGUUGAAAGAUAAAGUCCAUGUUAUGCUGUCACAUGACUGGCCAAGAGGCAUCACAGAUUAUGGUGAUAAGAACUUUUUGUUAAAGAGAAAACCAUUUUUCAGAGAAGACAUUGAAUCCAAUCAACUGGGAAGUCCACCUGCAGAAAAACUCUUGCACACAUUGAAACCUGAUUAUUGGUUUGCUGCACAUUUGCAUUGUCAAUUUGCAGCAUUGGUUAAGCAUGGAAACGGUACUGAAACCAAGUUCUUAGCUCUCGAUAAAUGUUUACCUAAGAGGAGACAUUUACAAGUAUUAGAUCUGCCCCCUGAAUUUGAAGGAGACAAGCAAUUAAAAUAUGAUGCAGAGUGGCUGGCUGUUUUGAAGAACACAAAUCAUCUAUUGUCUGUAAAAAAUAUUGAUUCACAUUUACCUGGUCCAGGAGGCAAUGAACGAUAUGAUUUCACACCUAGUCAAGAUGAAAAAGAUCUUAUUGUACAAUUAAUGGGAAAUUUAGAAAUAAGUAAUGAGACAUUUGUACAAACUGCACCUGUAUACAAUCCUAACAUGCCUAAGGUUCCGCCCAAUGAGGCCAUAAUGAAUCCGCAAACUGUUACUUUGUGUGAAAAGCUGGGCAUUGAUGACCCAUUGCAAGUAGUUCUAGCUAGAUCUGGCAGAAGUAUGAAGCAACCUUUGAUUAUUCCAACACCAGACAGUAUAGUACAAAAUACACCCAUAAAGUGUUCCAGAUUAUCACUCCCAGCUCCAGUCACACCAAGUGAAAAUGAAGAUUUGUCCGAAACAGUUUCAGUUUUAUCUCAAAGUAACAGUUUUUUGUCAGAAAGUGGUAACGUUACAUCUGACUGCGAAACACCUCCAAAAUCAAUGAAAAAAGUAUUCAAAAGACGUAAUUUGGCUAUGUACACACCAGACGAAGAAAAUGUUAGCAAUUCCUCUAGCUCUCUAAUGGACUCAGACAGUCCACGAUCCAGCAAAUUAGCAUGUAGAAGUGACACCUUAUAGGAUUAAUGGAAAAUAAAAUAAAUACUAGAAAUAACAUCUAUGAGAUGUUACUUUAAUAAUGAAAGGGAAAUAGUAAAAUUGGUUUCUAUUUUAUAAUUUUAUUGUAUUAUAAAAUAUUAGGCACAAUUGUUUGCACUUUGUUGCAACAUUUUUAGUCUUUUGACAAGAUAAUAAAAUAAUUGAAUAGCAUAAUUAAAAGUAAUGAUAUCUAAGUAAAAACUAUAUAUUUUUUCCAA